AUGGCAGGAAGUGGGGAGGAAGUGGGCCACGUGGGUGGCCCGUUUCUGCUGGCCCGUUGGGAGCGUGUAUUACACGCAGCAUCACAGCAGGUUGGGCCUGCAAGGGAACCCUUUAGUUCAUCAUCUUUAUUUCAGGAGGGCAAGAACCCAGACCAGCAAGGCCAGGGGGCCUUCUGUCCCAGGAUGAGGACAGUCCGUCCAGUGCUUUACUCUUGGACAGUGCUGCUCCCAACUUUGAAGAUGGAAAGAUUAGGAAAACAUUUACGGAGCAGUUUUCAUUUUUAUAUCUGCUCAGAGAAAGGCAUUUCUUCCCCUCCUGCUUUGUAUUCUCCCAACUCAAACAUUGCUGAUCUGUGA